UCCUCGAUCAAUCUCCAUUUUAGUCGUCUAGUUUCAAACAGUUCACUGAAACGCGUGGUGCAGACAAGAACCCAACUAGAACCCUUCGUUUUCUUCUCCCGCCACAUCUCUCAACGCCUAAAACCCUACCUGCAAGUUACCUUAUCUAUUUCCAUUCCUCAAACUCAAUGUGAUACCGUUGAGCGCGUUCCGAUCAUGGCGAAAGUCACCUCCAGAGACGUUCAAGAGAUUGUUGAAAAACUCUCAUCCGAUAAAGUCAAAGCUCGCGAAGAAGGGAUUAAGUUGUUAAACACUUGGUUAGAAGGAGAAAGGUCAUAUAACUUCUGUAAAUUUAUUGGACUGAAUACUGCAAAGCUUAAACCAGAUGAAAUUCCUCACACUGAAACAUGGCCUUUUCUUGUUUCAUUACUUAUUAAAUCGGCAUCGGCGGAAAUAUCCUCAAGUAAGCGGAGAAAUCCAAAAGUGAUAUAUGCGAAGACUCUUAGAAUUGCUGUUCAACGUGCGGAGGAUGCCAAGUGUUCAGGAAAAAUGUUACCGUUGUCAUCUGUAGUUAAACUACUUUUUAAUCAUGUUUGGGAUGUUCUGAGCAAUGUUCCAAGCUUUCAGUCUGAAUAUGGCGUUGUCCUUCGGCAUCUAUUGUCUGUUAGGGAUUAUAGUUUCCAGAUGAGGAGGCGUGUUUACUGCAAUCUGGUGUUUCUGUACAUUGAGAAAGUUGAAACAAGCUUGAGUGGAAAAAAUAUUAGCAAUAGUUCCAAGGAGGAGGUCUUCCGUUAUAUCUUGACACUUCAUUCUCUCCUAAAAUGUCCCCCUGGAGACUACCCUGAUAAUGUUAGAGAAAACAUUGUCAAGGGUUUUGUUAGAAUAUGUUCAUUCAUAAGGGAUGAGAGCAAGAUGGCACGUAAACUUGUUGAGUGUAUAAAUACAUAUUUAUUGAAUGAUGGUCCAAAUUUAGGCUUAGAGUUGCUCGAAAUUCAUAAUGCCCUGCAGCAGUUUGUGUUCCACAGUUGGCUGGCGACACAUGAUCGAGUCCUUAAGGAUUCACUUGUUUUUUAUGCAAGGAUACAGUUGAGUUUAAUGAGAGGUGCUGCUGAUAGGUGUUUAUUGGUAGAACAGCUUUUGGAUGUGAUUUGUAAGGAUCUUGAUCAAGGUAGCUUGUCUGGUACUUCCAUGCUGCGGGGUGAUGGAAAUAAAGAUGAUAAAUUAGGAGCUCUAAGUAGCUCACAAUGUGGAUUGGUGGAACUUGCAGCAGUUCUAUUUUAUAGGGCAUGCCUCAAUACAACCAGAUCCUCAUUGAGUGAAAAACGGGUCAAGAGGGAGCCUGCUGCUGUGAUCCUUAGGGAGGCACUCAUGAAAGGCAAAUGGCUAUGGAAUGCUGCAUUUUGUUCCUUGAUUCGCAACUUCCAUACUCGCAUUUGCAAAGAUAUGUUUCUCUACUGGUUUGAAGGCAUAUGUAUGAGCUUUGAAAGAAUCAUGAAUUCUUCGAAUGGUGAUCGUAUCUAUGAUGGUUUGCUGUGGACGCUGAGGAGUUUGCUGGAACUUUCUUCUGUUCUGUUGCUGCCAAAUUCAAGAAUGGAGAUAUCUGCAGUGUCAUCUUCUGCCUUUAAUGAGUUCAUUAAUGGUUGGCAACUACUGUGGAGCACUAUUGUGCAUGGGUUACCAAUUAUUAGCAAUAUUAAUGCUCUUGUGGAUGCUUCUUUGCUGCUGCUUAGUAAUAUAACAUCAAAUGAUUUUGUGAAUACAAGUGUAAUACCUCAAGAUGUGUGGGAUCUUCAGAUUUUCAAACGUCCAAAUUCAAUAUCCAUCUUGUAUUUCUUUUCAUGCUACUUUUCACGAAAAAAUUCCCAUGCUGACCCCCAAGAUACGUUACAUCUGAGGAAAAGCCUUUUAAGAGCAACUUUGUGCCAUCUUAAUUGGAAGGGUUGUUCUAUGUUGAAUGAGCAGAUAACUUUGCUCAUUCCUAGUGCUAUAUAUGCACUUUGUAUAGGUUUUGUUCCUUUUACUCAAUGCUUUAAAGAAGUUCCUUUGGCUCACAAUUAUUUUGAUGUCACUGAUGCUCAAGAUGAUUCUCAUAAGUUUGAAGACCCUAAAUACCAAUGUGUUCUUGAGUUUUUGGAUUGCUCUGUUGAAGUUCUUGCAGAAAUUGGAAAGAUGUCCAAAGUUGAGGCUGCCGAAGUGAAAAUAUGUCCACAUGUUCGGGUUUCACGGGAAAUAAGUGAUCAGCUAUUGCAUGAAAUGGAGACCUCUAUUCUUGGAGCUUUGGUGGAAGAGGAGAUUAACAAGAGGCAUCUGCCUGAUACUUUCUUAAUAUGUUCUCUCUUGUCUAACGUACUUUAUGGUUGUUUCUUCACAAGGAAAAUUAAUGUUUCAUUUUGUUCUAAAUUAAGCGAACACUUGCGGCUGUUGCUUGACAAUGCUGUAAGAAUUAUUGAAGAAGACAUUGAACUCCAGGCUUUUAGUUGCUUAGGUUGUGAUCCUACUUGUGAUGAUUUAAGCCGUCUUGUUUCUUCCGUGCAUUGUUUUCUUUUAUCCCCUGUAUGUAUCAAAUUGAGGGAUCAGAAUUUGAUGGGCUUUGCUCCAUUUGGUCACUUAAUCCAAUCUGUGGAGAGACUCUUGAAAGCUUUUGUUAAUCUAUAUGAAAGUUAUUCUCAGCAUCUGAUGAACUUUCAGUCUGAUAAAAUCGUACAAGAUAUGGCUGCUACUGAUAAUAUUCAAAGUUCUUUUCUGAAUUACAGAAGUAUAAGCAGAAUUAUGGACAUGGAAUUGGAUGUUAAUAAUGAUUCUAGAGAGGUUGAUACUUUAGCUGUUGGGAAAAGAGUAGGCAGCGAUGUUUCAUCUUCUGCAGAGAAGUGGAAAAUGGGCAUGAUAUCAGUGAUUUCCAGUUUUUUUUCUGCUUCUCUUCUUACCUGGGAUAUCCUCUUUAAGUUAAUGGAGAAAGAAAAUGAUCCUAAGGUGCGUGGGAAAAUAUUGUAUCAUCUCUGUCAACAUCCUUUUUGGUCUUCUUCUGGACAAUUUAUUGAUUUGGUGAAUCUAAUGAAUGAUAUAAUUAUUGAGCAAGUUGGAUUCAAGCUUGCUUGUGAUUCUGUAUUGAUUGCUGCUCAUACUUUACUGAUUAACUUAGCUUCCUUGGAUUCUGUUGGUAAGGAAAAAUGUGGCCUAUAUUUAACGGAAGUGGAAACUAAACAGUGCUUUCUGGCACUAGGAAACUUUGUGCAUAAACUUUCUGAGGUUGAUCUUGAUUGGUUUGGACGGGUGAAGCUUAUUGAUUCCAUUUGCAAUCUUGUUUUGCUCGAUCCUCAAAUUGGUCAGACUAUGAUAGAACGAUUACUCCUUAUGCUUAAAGAUAUGGAUUAUCGAGUUCGGUUAUUCUUGGCAAGGAGGAUUGGCAUUCUUUUCCAGACAUGGGAUGGUCAUGAAGAGCUCUUUCAGGACAUUUGUUUGAAUUUCGGUGUUCAGUUGGUUGUCUACUCCAAAGGAAAAGUCAUCCAUGCAAAGGAGGUGCUAGGUGCUGGUCCUCAGCCUCAACCUAUAAUGGAAACUGUUGUGAUUACUCUCAUGCAUCUUGCUUUACACAGUGAGAAAAUUGAGUUAGAGGCUGUUUUCAUGAUAUGUGUGGUUUCGGCCAUUGAUCCUUCUCAUAGGGAAUUAGUCUAUGCAGUGCUCGACAAUCUGUCUGGAGAGCUUCAGUAUUUGACUAGAAUGAAGUACUUAGAAGAGCUUUUGGGAUCAAUUCUCUUUUGUUGGGUAGCAUGUGGUGUAAGCUUAGCCGCACUUAUUGAGACAAGACACCUUUUCUUACCUGAUGUAGAUCCUGGUCAUUUCCUCCAAUAUUGUUGCCCAUGGCUACUUCCUGCUCUUCUUAUCAAUGAAAACAGUUCUGAUCUCAAUUGGGUUGCCAAGGUCGCUUGUCAACCUUUGGCAGUUCUUAUAAAAAAUCACUUCACUUCAAUUUUUUCAAUUUCCAUGGCUUUGCAUUGCAGUAAGACACCGGAAUCAGAGAAGGGAACACUAGUACUUCAGAGUUCCAUUUUGCAGGUUGCUCAGAUAUCUGAGAAAGAACGGGACAAGCUCAUAAAGAGACAUAUGGUCUCUAUUGUCAGCUGUAUCUUAUCUUUGUGCUCUUGUUCAUUGAAUGCCAUAGUUCCUUAUUUUUCAAAGGAUAUAGUGUCCCUUGAAAUUCGUACAAUUGUUGAUGGAUUUUUGGACUUAGAUGAUAAUCAUGCAAGUGCUUCUGUUGCGGACAAGAUCAACAUUUUUCGCCCAGAUAGGGUUUUCAUGUUUUUGGUAGAAGUUCAUUAUAAAAUUGUAGCAGCAGCUCAUUACAGGCAUAAGUGCCACCGAUUGGCUGGAAUUGAGGUGCUGGUGACUAUUCUUGGUCAGAGAGCUGCUGUUUUAAGCACUUCUAAUUACCUUCUCAACUUGACUGGGUCAUUAAUCGAAUGUCGCCCUUUACAAGACCAAUGUUGUCAAAUACUGAAUGCAUUGUUGCUACAUCUCAAAAGGAAUAUUUCUACAGAUGUGACCGGUAUGCUUGGAGAACAGCUCCAGUUUCUUGUUUCGAAGUUGGUGGCAUGUUGCAUUCCUUCUGAAACCCAGGAAUAUUGUGAUAGCUCUGCAUCACAAGCUUUAUCUUUGCUCCAUAUGUUAAUCGUCGACUCUGAUUCAUCUAUGUAUGAUUAUGUUAAAGAAUUGGAGCCACUCCCCGAAGUAAAAAUAUUUGAUGAGAUACGAAAGUUCCAUAAGGAAUUAUGCCACACUUAUUCUAUACGAGACCACUUAACAAAGUUUGUGAAGAAGUCUUCCUACCUUCCACCUCGGUUGCUUUUAUCAAGUCUCCAGGCAUUCCACAAGAAGCUACUGAAUGUAGAAACCCUUCAAAGAAGAGGGAAGGCAGUAGUUUUUUCUAGAGAUGGAUGUUGGCAUGGUGAUGAAGAAAUUGUGCAUGCAGUCUGGAAACUUGUUCACAUGUGUCGUUCUAAUGAUGCAAGUGAAGUUCGAGAAUUAGUUUCAGAUUUCAUUUCUAGGGUUGGCACCGGAGACCCAUACUCUGUUGUAUUCCAUCUUCAUGACAAGACCAAUCAUAUUUGUCUUGGUAAAUCUAUUGAUACCAACAGUGUGACAAAAAUCAGUUCUGACAUGGAUGCAUGCUUAUCUGAAGAACAUUUGGUUGUCCUUAUGAAAAUUCUAAUGAAAUAUCUGAUGGAUGACUCUGUGAAAAUUGUUGAUAUGGCAUCACAAACCCUUCGAGCAAUACUUUCAACUAAAAGAGGUCAAUGUGCUUUACAAUCAUUCAAUUCUUAUCAGAAGUCUCUAAUUGAGGUGCAUUCCAAAGGUGUCAAUGUUGAACUUGUGGAAAAUCUCCUUUUGGACCUAGAUAAGAAGUCAAAAGCUGAAGCAAUUUCAUUGGAGAAGUCCACUAUUUGGGUGACAGAUGGUAAAACUUUUGAAAUGUGGAUUUGCCCGUUGGUGUAUUCACUUAUUGUUUACUGCAGUGAUGCAAUACUAAGACUUUGUCAAGAUAUUAUAAAGAUUAAAGGGGAAGUUGCUGAGUUUCUUUUGCCAAGCAUUUUUGUCAAUAUCACUGCAAGGAAGGAUCUGGAGAUCGAUUUGCACAAAUUGAUCUGUCUGCAGUUGACAGAGCAUGUAUUUACAGAGUCAAAUAAGUUGAUGAAAUCGAUUCAAGUGGUUUUAAACUGUCUUAAUGAACUUCGUAUUCGUUAUGUCAUGGAAAGAUCUUCAUUUGUGCCAUCGAAGCGAGAAGUUUCUAAGAAUUCAAGGCCUUCCAGUUAUAGUUCUAAAACUCGGUCCACUUCUGCAAAGGCAAGAGAAUCUGCAGUUAUUUCAAAUUCCUUGGCAAAGUCACCGUCCUCAUGGGAGAAAGUUUAUUGGCUCUCCAUUGAUUAUCUUCUUGUUGCCAAGUUGGCUGCUAGUUGUGGGUCAUAUUUUACUUCAGUUAUGUAUGUGGAACAUUGGUGUGAAGAACAAUUUAAAACGUUAACAAUUGGAGGUCCAGAUUUCUCUCAUAAUGAAAUGUUGCCAGAUCAUAUUGAAAUUCUUGUUUCGGCAGUCACUAGAAUCAACGAACCAGAUAGCUUAUAUGGAAUUCUACAGUCUCACAAGUUGACUUCUCAAAUAAUCACAUUUGAGCAUGAGGGAAACUGGGGAAAGGCCCUAGAGUAUUAUGACUUGCAAGUGCAGUCACAUACCUCAGUACAGAACGAUGGCAGUUCAGUAGGUCUGGCAUUGAAACAAACAGGAUCAGCACAUCCUUCAUCCUUUGCAUCAGAGACAGAUGAGAUGAGGCAGAGUAAACCUUACAAAGGGUUGAUUAGAUCCUUGCAGCAGAUUGGCUGUGCACAUGUGCUUGACAUGUAUUGCCGAGGCUUGACUUCAACCAAGGAUCUGCAUCAGCAUGAUUUGGAGUUUACUGAAUUACAAUAUGAAUCUGCUUGGCGUGCUGGGAAGUGGGAUUUCUCUUUACCAUGUGUUGGAACUAAUUUUCCUUUAAUUCCAAAUAUCAAAUGUGAUCAUUUCAAUGGAAAUUUGCACAGUUGUUUAAGGGCACUUGAGGAGGGUGAUCUAAUUGAUUUCCAGAGAAAACUAAGAGAUUCAAAGCAGGAGCUUGUGUUAUCUGUUUCUCUUGCAAGUGAAGAGAGCACUGAGUACAUUUACUUGACUAUCAUCAAGCUACAGAUGCUUUAUCAUCUUGGCAUGGCUUGGGAUUUACGCUGGAGAACUAGUGAAGAUAAUACCACAAAGUUUUUCCUACUGAAGCCAAACAAUUCUUCUGAGCCUAUGAUUCCUUCCAUUGAGCAGUUGUCAUGGCUGGAUAUGGAGUGGUGCUCAAUUUUGCAAAGGACACAAUUACAUAUGAAUUUGCUAGAACCAUUUAUAGCAUUUCGUCGAGUUCUACUUCAAAUUUUAAGCUCUAGAGACUGUGUGCUGCAACAUCUUCUGCAGUCUGCCACCACACUUCGCAAGGGAUGUAGGUUCUCUCAAGCAGCUUCUGCUCUGCAGGAGUUUAAACUCCUUUCUGUUGAAACCAAAGGGCAAAGCUCAUCCUUAUAUUGGCUUGGACGGCUUGAAGAAGCAAAGCUUUUCCGUGCUCAAGGUCAAAAUGUGAUGGCUAUCAACCUUGCAAUGUAUAUAUCACAGAAUUAUCGCUCUAAUGAGGAGGCUUCCGAUGCAUUUCGAUUGGUUGGGAAGUGGCUGGCAGAAACUAGAUCUAGCAACUCGAGAACAAUUUUGGAGAAAUAUUUGAAACCUGCAGUCUCUAUUGCCGAGAAUGUGAAUGCUACAGCUAAGAAUGCCAUGAAAAGGAAAUGUCAGACUCAUUUUCAUCUUGCACACUAUGCUGAUGCUCUAUUUAGAAGCCAUGAAGAAAGACUUAACUCGAAUGAAUGGCAAGCAGCAAUGCGUUUAAGAAAGCAUAAGACAAUAGAGUUGGAAGCACUCAUAAAAAGGUUAAGAAGUUCAACAAAGGGGGAGAAAAUCGACUACUCAAUGAAAAUACAAGAAUUGCAAAAGCAAGUAGCAAUGGACAAGGAAGAAGCCCAGAAAUUGCUGGAUGAUCGGGACAAUUUUCUUAGCCUAGCAUUGGAGGGAUAUAAACAGUGUUUAGUCAUUGGUGACAAGUAUGAUGUGAGAGUGGUGUUUCGCAUUGUUUCCCUGUGGUUCAGUCUCUCCUCACAAAAAGAAGUUGUAAAUAGCAUGCUUAGCACAAUUGAUGAGGUUCAAUCUUUCAAAUUUAUACCUUUAGUAUAUCAAAUUGCCUCUAGAAUGGGUAACACAAAGGAUGGUCAUGGACAUCUCAAUUUCCAGUUUGCAUUGGUUUCUCUUGUGAAGAAAAUGGCCAUUGAUCAUCCAUAUCAUACGAUACUUCAACUUUUGGCUCUGGCAAACGGUGACCGUAUCAAGGACAAACAACGUAGUAAAAGUUCAUUUGUGGUUGAUAUCGACAAAAAGCUUGCAGCGGAAAAUCUUCUAAAUGAGUUGUCAUCUUAUCAUCGAGCUAUCAUUCUUCAAAUGAAACAAAUGGUGGAGAUUUAUAUCAGACUUGCUGAGAUGGAAACAAAGAGAGAGGAUACAAAUAAAAAGGUGACACUACCAAGGGACUUGCGUAGUCUGCCGAUGCUAGAACUUGUACCUGUAGUGACGGCUACAAUAUCAAUUGAUCAUAGUUGUCAGUAUCAUGAAGGCACUUUUCCUUACUUCAAAGGACUAUCAGAUUCAGUUAUGAUAAUGAAUGGUAUAAAUGCUCCAAAAGUGGUUGAAUGCUUUGGUUCUGAUGGCUGCAGAUAUCGACAACUAGCAAAAUCUGGAAAUGAUGACCUGAGACAGGAUGCUGUGAUGGAGCAAUUCUUUGGUUUAGUCAACACAUUCCUUAGGAACCAUCAAGAUACACGGAAAAGAAGGUUAGGAGUACGGACCUACAAGGUUGUUCCUUUUACUCCAAGUGCUGGUGUUCUUGAGUGGGUUAAUGGAACUCUUCCUCUCGGUGAAUACCUUAUAGGGAGCAUGAGAAAUGGAGGUGCUCAUGGUCGCUAUGGAAUGGGAGACUGGUCAUUCCUUAAAUGCCGAGAGCACAUGGCAAAUGAGAGGGACAAGCGCAAAGCAUUCCAGGAAGUUUGCAAUAAUUUCAGGCCUGUUAUGCAUUACUUUUUCUUGGAGAGAUUUUUACAGCCAGCUGAGUGGUUUGAAAAGAGACUUGCGUAUUCUCGAAGUGUUGCUGCUAGUUCUAUGGUUGGCUAUAUCGUUGGCCUUGGAGAUCGACAUUCGAUGAAUAUUUUAAUUGAUCAGGCAACUGCAGAGGUUGUUCACAUAGAUCUUGGUGUUGCUUUUGAACAAGGCUUGAUGCUUAAAACCCCAGAACGGGUUCCCUUUAGGCUUACAAGAGACAUAAUUGAUGGAAUGGGUGUAACCGGAGUAGAGGGGGUUUUUCGAAGAUGUUGUGAGGAAACACUGUCUGUCAUGCGGACUAACAAAGAAGCACUGCUAACGAUUGUUGAAGUUUUUAUACACGAUCCUCUUUAUAAGUGGGCUUUAUCUCCUCUGAAAGCUUUGCAGCGUCAAAAGGAUUUGGAUGAUGAUUUUGAUACAAGUUUGGAGGAACCACAAAAUGAUUACCAAGGAAAUAAGGAUGCUACACGUGCCCUUCUACGAGUGAAGCAAAAGCUGGAUGGGUAUGAAGAUGGUGAAAUGCGUAGCAUCCAUGGGCAGGUGCAACAACUCAUUCAAGAUGCCAUUGACUCUGAACGAUUAUGUCAAAUGUUUCCUGGUUGGGGAGCUUGGUUGUAAUUGACACCCUUCUUUAUAUCCCUUGAGACCCAAUGAUCUACUUCGUUGGACUUGUCCUCAAUUUGUAUAGUGGGACCAGUUUCUGUCCCUAAUGAAAUUUUGAUUGGUGAGUUGUAAAAUGGUUGUGUUAAAAACAACUUUGCUAGAAAAUAUCUCUUAUUCAUAAUAA